AUGUCUCCGGGGAAGUCACAACCUGACGGGAACACCAAGCACACAUCAGAUGGAAGUCCUGACCAUCUGGAGGACGGGGAGGCUCAGAAGGUCCCCCCUCUGCGUAACUACCUCUGUCUGACCAUGCUCACCUGCUUCCGCCCUGCAUGGCACAUCAAUAUUGUGGCGCUGGUUUUCUCUAUACCGGCUCAAAACAGUUAUGAUGAGGAAGACUACGAGGGCUCCUGACGGCUGGGUUGGAAAGCUCUCCACAUGGGAAUCGUAUCUUUCGUCAUUGGCCUCAUCGUCAUCGCCACCUACAACAUUUUGUUCUUUUCUGAUGUAGCAGUGGUUAACACGAGCACAUUUUGA